AUGCAAACACGCAGCUCCAGCAAUGAGCCUUCCUCACCAAACGUCAACAGUGCCGAACGUGAACAGCCCAAUGUACUUGCAUUGACAACAGCCAUCAAGAAGUGUGUGGAUUUCGUUAACGAAUUGCCAUGGGAGAUUGUAAAGUGUCACCUUAUUCCAAGGAUCUUUGGCGAAGGCCGUCCAAUAGUUCGUCUUGAUCGACCUUAUCCAUGCUUGGACGUCUGCAGCACUUGGACCAAACGAAUUGUAUCGGCAGACGACAGCAUCCAUUUCGUCCUUCACGUGGAUCAUCCUCUGUCAAAACAUCAUCGCAUGCGUUUACGAAUGGUGGCACCUUUUAUCAAGUCCCUCGCAUUACAGGAUUUAGGUGUUUACAAUCCUGAACUUGUUAAAUGUGGCCAAUUUCUCUCGUUGACCAAGCUGAAUAUCGAAGUCACGCGCUGCCACGAAGCGUUGUUGCAACUACUUGAAAUCGCUCCCAAUUUGACUCAUUUGCAUAUGACUUUCGACGACGACACACAAGCAUCAUUUGCUGCAUUCGAUGUAUUGGAUCGUUGCCCUCAGCUCAUUCGAUUGAAUCUCACUCUUUCUCCCAAUACCAUCAUCGAUAUGACAUCCAACUCGCAGCGUGACCGAACCUAUGACAACAUCACUCAUCUCCAGGCAGUUUGCCAGAAUGAAGACCGUAGAGAUGUUUUCAUCCCACUCAUUCAACAUUUGCCCAAUCUGCGCCUUUUGUAUUUGCUUUAUCCACCUUCUUCAACAAACAUGAAUACAAUCCAUCAGCAUUGUCCCAAAAUACAACAACUGUUCUUGAGCUUUACACAUGUGCCAUAUAAGAUACAUGGCGACAUCAAACAGGAGGAGGAGGAUAUUCCAGGAUUGAGAUUGCUGUCACUUCAUGAAGGAUAUUAUUACAAUGAUUACUUCCCGGAGACCAUGAUACAACACAGUGCUACGCUUGAAUCGCUUGAGCUAAAGGAUAGCCUACUUUUAUAUAUCCCUCAUGUCGAAACGUUCUUGGGUCGUGACGAUGUUGAAUUCAAACAGCUGAAAUCCUUGCGUUUCCCAGAUAGCUCGGAUCCCAGCUUUAUCACCUUUAUGGAAUGGGUUAUUGAGCAUGCUCCAAACCUUGAGUCAAUCGAUGCCAUCGACCUUGGUGCACAUACAAAUGUAUUCAAUAGUACAUUACGCCGUCGACCCUUGAAAAGGAUUGGAUUCCGUUCCACCUUGGAGCCUCAGCAACACGUAUACCAGUUUCUCCGUCAUCAUGUGAGGCUCGGUGAUAAAUCGCAUCUCCAAGCGGUCAAGUGCAUUCUCCAUAGUAUCAGUGAGCACGAUUCAUGGAUCUUUCUCAUCACCGAGUUGACUCAAUUGAAAACACUCGAGCUUCGAUUUAAGAGCAAUGAUGCGUUAAUGGGCUUGGAUACGUUUAUUCAUCAAGUGUCUGAGGGCUGCAUUGGACUUGAAAAGGUUAUCUUGAAAUCGACAUUCUUCCCUUCUUCAUCCCAAUGGAUUCAUGAUUUAUCCAAGCAUCGGAACCUUCAAGAGAUAAUCAUUGAUACCACCCACAUACCGGACCACCUCAUGAUUGCACUCCAAGCCUUCUCACAUCUCAAGUUGCUUCACCUCAAAUAUGACAUCAAGGACUGGCAUUCUCUUACAAGCUUGAGGCAUAAAGUACCUAGCUUAGUGUAUAGCGAGAAACACUAUCCCAUACUGUAA